CCCCAACAAGAUCUUAGGAGCACUCACUUCUCCUCAGAAACCCACCAAGGAGCCCAUUUGACAUUGCCCCUGAUCACUCCCCAUAUUCGCAACAAGCAACGCUGGCGGCUCAACGCACCUCCCGUCUGCUCUCAGUAGUACAUAAGAGCCUCAAGUCGCCGCUGCUCAGCCCUCAUCCACAGCUUAGCGCCCGGCUCCUUCAUCCGCUCUUCGUUGGACUUACUAGCCCUGGAAUCUUCACUCGGCCUCGGAAUCUUGCCACUACUCGCUCACCUCGUCACAUAACCAACAACACCAACACCAGAAUGGACGAACUCAUAACCCUCUUCACCCGCAUCGGGCUCUCCGACGUCAAAGCGAAAGAAACAGCCGCCAACAAAAAGCUCGGUGCAAACCUGCACGCCAUCCUCACCGAUGCAGGCAUCACGAGCGCCGAUUCCGCGCCAGUGGACAGAUCCACCGGCGCCCUGUACUACCACCUCGCGUCGACUAUCACCCCUCAAGCCGCAGCGCACAUCGGAUACCUCACCCGCGCCAUCCGGGACGGGCGGCUGACCUCCACCGACCGGAUCGCGGCGGGGAUCAAGCAUGCCGAGAAGGCCGGCGGGGAGAUCGACGACGCCCAGUUUGAUAAGGACUGCGGGGUGGGCGUUACUGUGACACCGGCGGAGAUCACCGUGGAGGUGGAGAAGGUGAUUGAGGCCCGGAGGAAGGAUUUGGAGGAGAAGAGAUACACGCUUGCGGGCCAGCUUUUGGGCGCUUUGCGUGUCAGUCUGAGGUGGGCCAACGCGUUGGCGGUCAAAGAGGAGCUGGAUAGACAGGUGCUGGCGGUCUUGGGGCCGAAGGAUGAGCGGGAUAACCCGAAGGCGAAAAAGGCGGCGGAGAAGAGUGCUAAGGCUGCCAAGGCGCCUGCGAAAGUGGCGGAUGCGCCGGUGGCUGCUAAUGGGACUGGCAGCCGAGUGGCGGAGGCGGCAAAGAGCACGAGGUUCAUUACGGAAGGAGAGCUCUCUAAGUUGCAUAAGGCUGGGGAGAACCCUCAGAUUGACCCGAAGCUGAUGGAGGAGCAUCUGAAACGCACUGGUGGGAAGGUUAUCACUCGGUUCCCCCCCGAACCCAACGGUUUCCUCCACAUUGGACACGCCAAGGCCAUCAACGUCAACUUUGGCUACGCCGCCGCCUUCAACGGGAUAACUAACCUGCGGUACGACGACACGAACCCGGAAGCCGAGGAACAGAUCUACUUUGACUCCAUCCUCGAAACCGUCCGGUGGCUGGGCUACGAGCCGCACGCCAUCACCUACUCAUCCGAUCACUUCCAGAAACUGUACGAGCUGGCGGUGGAGCUCAUCAAGCGUGACAAAGCCUAUGUGUGCCACUGCACCGGCGACGAAAUCAAAGCCAACCGAGGCGGCGACGAACGCGGGCCCCGCAAGGAGUGCACGCACCGGUCCCGCCCGAUCCAGGAAUCGCUAGACGAGUUUGAAAAAAUGAAGCAGGGCAAGUAUGAGCCCCGCGAGGCCUUCCUGCGUAUGAAGAUGGACAUGCAGAACCCCAAUCCGCAGUUCUGGGACCUGGUCGCGUACCGCAUCCUCAAGGCGUCCCAUCACCGCACCGCCGACCAGUGGUGUAUCUACCCCACUUACGACUUCACCCACUGCCUAGUGGAUUCGUUCGAAGACAUCACGCAUUCCCUGUGCACGACCGAGUUCACCCUCUCGCGCGAAUCGUACUACUGGCUCGUCGACGCCCUCGAGAUCUACAAGCCGGUGCAGUGGGAGUACGGCCGCCUGAACCUGGCUUACACCGUCAUGUCCAAGCGGAAGCUCAAGAAACUCGUGGACGAGAAGAUUGUCAAUGGCUGGGACGACCCCCGGCUGUACACCAUGGCUGCCAUCAGACGCAGGGGGUUCACGCCGGAAGCCGUCAACGCGUUCGUGCGCGAUCUGGGCGUCACCACCUCCCAGUCCACGAUCCACCCCGACAGACUCGAGAACGUCGUCCGCGAACACCUCAACGACGUCGCGCCCCGUCUCAUGCUCAUCCUCGACCCCCUGGAAAUCAUCAUCGAGAACCUGCCCGAUGAUCACGUGGAAGAGGUCGUCGUUCCCAACAAACCCCGCGACGACGCCAUGGGCACGCGAAAACUGCCCUUUACCAACCGCGUCUACAUCGACCGCUCCGAUUUCCGUGAGCAGCCCGACCCGAACUUCUACCGCCUCACACCGGGCAAAUCCGUCGGUCUGCUCAACGUGCCCUUCCCCAUCACCGCCACCUCCGUCGUGCGCAACGCCAACGGGGAGAUCACCGCCGUCAAAGCGCGGUAUGAGAACGACGCGUCGGUCAAGACGACCAAACCAAAGACAUACAUCCACUGGAUCGCCCAUUCCCCCGCCCACUCCUCCCCCGUGCCCACCACCGUGCGGCUCUACAACAACCUGUUCCUGCACGAGAACCCGCAGUCCGAGAAAGACGUGCCCGGGGGCUGGUUGAGCGAUAUCAACCCGGACAGUCUGCAGGUGCUGGAUAAGGCGAUUGCGGAGGUGGGGAUUAGGGGGUAUGCGGUUGAGGAUCGGUUCCAGGCGGUUAGGACGGGGUACUUUUGUGUGGAUAAGGAUUCGGACGUGGGGAAGGGGAAGUGGGUGAUUAAUCGGACGGUUACGUUGAAGGAGGAUGCGGGGAAGGAUAAGUAGGGAAUUUGAAGGGGUGGGGAGGUGGAUCGCACUUUCGCCUCUUGGCUCGUUCCAUCUUUUUUUUCCGUGGAGUGUCCCACUACAUUGUUACUCUUUACUGUCGUUUGCAUUUGCUGCAUAGAUUCAUCCCAAGCUCGUACCUAUCAUAACCUACUGUCUGUCUGUGC